AUGUCGCUCGAUCAGAUAUCGAACAACGGCGUCCCCGGCGACUUUGAACAUCCCAACCAGGACCUGCGUCGGGUCAUUAUCAUUACUUUAUACUUUGCCUUUAUUCUAUCGACUGCGGCUGUUGCAUUGCGACUCGUGGCACGAAAGAUCAAUGGGACAAGACUAUACCUGGACGACUACCUGAUUCUUGUGGCAUUGCUAUUUAAAUAUGGGUGUUCUAUUGGGGUUACGAUCCUUCUCUUCAACGGUCUCGGAUCACAUAUCACAAUGAUCCCUCAGAAGAACCUUGAGGUAUAUUUAAAAAUCGGAUGGUCCAACUCAUUCGUUUAUACCGGAUGCAUCCUGUUCAUCAAGUUGUCGAUCCUCGCCCUAUACAAACGACUUUUCUCCAUUCCUCGCAUGAUAAUUGCUGCCAAUCUGAUUGCCGCCUUUGUCAUUCUCUGGGCUUUAGGUGUCUUCAUGGUCGGCGCUCUGUUCUGCCUGCCCGUGCAGAAGUUUUGGAAACCCGAGCUCGAGGGAACCUGCAUCGAUUCCGCCAAGUUCUACUAUGGCCAGCAGAUUCCCAACAUCCUGACCGAUGUGGUGCUGCUCAUCAUGCCCAUAAAGGUUGUCUGGGCUCUGCAAAUCUCGAAGACGCAGAAGCUCCUGCUGUCGGGUGUAUUUGUCGUCGGUAUACUGACUCUGAUCUUUGAUAUUGUGCGACUCGUGGCCAUGAUCCAUUUGACCAAAGUUGGUCCAGAUAUCACCUACAACCAAGUCCCUGUUGUUGUCUGGACUUGCAUCGAGGCAGCAGUCGGUAUCACAGCAGCAUGUCUCUCCAACCUGAGACCUCUCUUCAAACUAGCUCAUCGACGCUUCUGGACUCAACCUCGAUCUCCACGUCCAGAGUACAAAGAUGAGCGUCUCGAUGAAUCGCACGCGAUGUCCGAGGCAACCACUCUCUUUGCUUAUGCGACUCAGUACAGCCAUCACACCGAGUGCUCCAAGGCAUAA